AUGUUACAAGCAUUUUCAGUAAGAAUAAAAAAGGCCAUUUGGGAAGAAAUUGAUGAUUCAAAAUUUUGCAUAAUUGUUGAUGAAGCUCGUGAUAAGUCAAGGAAAGAGCAAAUGGCUAUAGUAUUGAGAUUUGUUGACAAAGAUGGUUUUAUUCGGGAGCGUUUUUUUGGACUUGUUCAUGUCUCAGACACCAAGGCAUCAACAUUGCAAAAGGUAAUAUAUUCAGUCUUAUCAAAUCACAAUUUAGAUAUCCAAAAUAUUCGAGGCCAAGGAUACGAUGGUGCAAGUAAUAUGCGAGGUGAGUGGAAUGGGCUACAAGCUUUGAUUUUGAAGGAUUGUCCGUAUGCUUACUAUGUUCAUUGUUUAGCACAUAGAUUGCAAUUGGCUUUAGUAGCAGCAUCGAGAGAAGUUAUUCCUAUUCAAAAUUUUUUUACUAAAUUGACUUUUAUUGUCAAUAUUCUCGGUGCUUCAUGCAAGCGUAAUGAUGAAUUUCAAAGUGCUCAAGCAGAAGAGAUUGCAUAUUUGACUUCAAUUGAUGAACUCGAGACCGGAAGAGGACUUAACCAAAUUGGAACCUUGCAGCGUGCUGGAGAUACUCGUUGGAGUUCGCACUUCAGAUCUAUUUCUAGUUUGAGACAAAGAUUUAGCCCAACUUGUCAAGUUCUUUUGAACAUAAUUGAGGAAGGGAAGAGUCCUCAAGCAGGAGAUGCAGAUUCAGCUUAUGAGUCAAUGACAUCGUAUCAAUUUGUCUUCAUCUUACAUCUCAUGGAAGAAAUUAUGGAGAAUACUAAUGAACUUUGUCUAGCUUUGCAAAGUCAAUCUCAAGGCAUUUUGAAUGCCAUGAGUCUUGUGUCCUCUACUAAAGCAUUCAUUCAAAAAUUGAGAGAUGAUGGAUGGGAUACUUUAUUUGCCAAGGUAGAUAUAUUUUAUGCUGCCAUAGAUUCUCAAUUGCAAGAAUUAAAUAACCGGUUUAAUGAGCAUGCUGUAGAGCUACUUACUCUUAGUUCAGCUUUGGAUCCUACUAAAAUAAGCAAGUGUUUCAAGAUUGAUGCCAUAUAUCAUGAGAAGCUGCAACUCAAGAAACAACUUGAAUUUUUUGAGUAUGAUGUGGUUAAAGAUCAAGAGUUCAAAAGUAUUUCAACUAUUUCUGAUUUAUCUCAGUGGUUAGUAAGAACUAAAAGAUCAACAAGGUAUCCACUUGUUUAUAGAGUGAUUGUGCUUGUGCUUACUCUUCCAGUGUCUACAGCAACUACAGAGAGAUCAUUUUCUGCUAUGCGUAUAGUCAAAACAAGGCUUUGUAACCGAAUGGAGAAUGACUUUCUUACAGACUCGUUACUGAUGUACAUUGAGAAAGAAAUUGCAGAAAAAUUUACCAUUGACUCAAUAAUAGAUGACUUUUGA